GAAGUGGCGCGCGACGCGAUGAACGCGACGAGCCUGUACGUGUCGACGUGUCGUCUGGUGCUGCAGGCGGAUGCCGAGGACCCCAACUCCUGGACGGAUCUCUACAGAUUGGUACCAUAUCUGCGACAGAGUCUCAGCUGUACCGUUUGUUCGAAUCUGCUGAUUGAACCGCACACGCCGACCGAGACCAACUGUCAGCAUCAUGUAUGCCGUGGGUGUCGUGGCGGCCGCAAGAAGCUGAAGCCGUCAUGUGGCUGGUGCAAGGACUAUGACAAGUACAUUGAAAACGUGCAACUGCGGAUAUUGUUGCAGUGCUAUAAGAAGCUGUGCGAGUAUUUAACCAGUACCGGGAUCUACCGUACCCUGUUGCUCACCGUCACGUCCGCAAACAACGCUACCACCAAUGGCGCGCCAUCCACUAUUGGUGCUACCAGUCUGAUGGAGAUUAUUCAGGAAGGUGCAGGCUUCAAGGAUGAGUUCAAGAGCAAUGCUGGCCUGUCCAAAUCUGCAUAUAGUAUUUUACCAUGCGUUUAUACGAGUACUACCUCCACUCAGACACAGGCGAAUAAUAUCCAGACCACUGAAGCAAUAUCCCAGAACAUACCUGAAUCGCCAACGAUUCGUACAGUAUCGAAUGGAUCCUCCAUAUAUUCCGUGAUGUAUGCUGGAUCUGGUAAUAAAAUUACUAUAAAACGGAAAGCGGCAGCUACGGAAGACACAGAAAACACGGGACAACAGGAGACAGAUGGAAAUCAGCAUGGCACUGUAGGAGGGUCUUCAGGCAGUUUUAAAAAGCCAAGAUCAAGUUCUGCUAGAAGUAAAAGAAAAGGAUGCAGAUGUGGUAAUGCUACCGCAAUACCUGGGAAACUUACGUGUUGUGGUCAAAGAUGUCCUUGUUAUGUCGAAAGUAAACCUUGCGUGGAGUGUAGAUGUAGGGGUUGCAGAAAUCCUCAUACAGCAGAUGGAUUAAAAAUCCGUCCACAUAUACCUGAACUUCAUAAUUUACAAUUACAACUGUCCACUUCUUUGGAUUGUGACGCGUUAGGUGGAGAUCCUUUAGGAUCUGUGCCGCAAUGUCUCUCGACGUCUCCUACAACGAUACAAGUAUUAAAUGUGUAUUCUACUCCGAGACUAGACAUUGACAAUGUACCACAGAAUUUACCUGCUGCCUUGUUAGUGGGUGAAGAUGCUAUGGUAAGUACUGAAAGUGAAGCGGAAGAUAGUGAUAUACAAAUCGAUGUGUGACAAAGUAUUUAAAUCGACAUCGCCGAAGGCCGUAUUGUACCAGUGAUCAAAGUGUGACGAAUGCGCGUUUCAACAUGGAAAGAACGCGUCAUGUAAAUAGCUCAAUUAGCACCAUUAAA